CGGGCGCGCGGCAGGUGCGGCGGCGCAGCUCGCAGGUAGGCGACCGCUGGUCCCACCGCUGAGGCCCGUCCACUGCCGCCCGCCCGGCACCCGCCGCCGGCACCCCCUCCGGGCCGCCGUGGCCCGCGCCAAACCUGAGCGUCUCGGUCGGGAACUCCUGUUAUCCCCUCGGGGCGCGCGGCGGCAGGGGUAAGGGCGGGCUUAUCCCCCAGAGUUUCGGGGAGCACAGGAGGCUGGCCGCCCCACCCCGCCAGCCCAGCCUCCCACCUCCCUGGGGCCCUGACGCCGCGCGGCUUCCGGCUGGGGUGGACCUCCGGUCUAGCCGGCAAGCCGGAGGGCGGGCGAGGCGACAACGUGGCCUGGAGGCAACGGCCCUGGCCUCUCGUGUCCCCUUCUCUCACCUGCCCAGACUUGCCCUCUUUGGAGGUCGCCGGGGCUAAGGAAGAAACGCUGGGCGGAGAGUGAGGGGAUAGGAUCCCAGCUCUCCAGUGGGGGAAGGCGGGGGUUGGUGGGUAGCAGCUUUGGGAAAUCCGGGAUCAGGACAUUGUGUGAAGGACAGGUGGCUCUGGUUAGGGGGCGGGGCGUCCCUGCAAGGAGGUGGGAAGGGAGGCCCCAGGGAGUUCUGAAACAGGGAAGGGCCUUAGUGUUGUGGGGAAAGGGUGUUAGGUCUCGAAUCUGAAAGUGUUCCUGAGUGGGGCGUCAGAGGCGCAGGGCUCUGCAGGCUGGGACCUUGCCCCUGCACUCUGUGGGCUCAGUUGUGGGGAGGGAGGGGCCGGUGGGCAGGAGGGAGAAGUUUGCCCUGCCUGCCAGCUGUCAUGAGGCUGGGCCACACAGGUCCAGGCCAGGGGCUAAGGACUUGUGACCGGCUCCUCCCUCACUGACCCCAAGCCUGCUCCUCUCAGCUUUCAGGAUCCCACCUUCCUUAUCACCAGGUCUUCUCCACUGGCCCCUGAGAUUGCCAUCACCUCCAGCUCCUCCUCUCCUGAAGUUGGCAGCCCCUCCUGGGUUCCAGCCUCCUGAGAUGCCAGACCCACUGGGGCAGCACCCACAGGCCCUGAGCCUACAUCACCCAUCCCAGUGACACCCCAAGCCUGCAGCAUUUUCCACCCCCAGCCCUCUGGCCCCACCUUGCCUUCAGCCCACCUUCCCACCUGCUGAAGGGAGGGCCCUCGGCUGAGCCUUCAGACACACUUGCACCCCAUCUGCUCCCCUCUGAAUUUCUUCUGGCCCUCCCUUGGCUUCACAGCACCUGAAGGCCAGGCUGAGGACCCCUGCUGUCAUGGCCAGCCCCAGAAAGCCUGGGGCUGAUGAGGCCCAGGAGGAAGAAUGGGAGCUCGAGGGGGGCUCUGCAGGGCCACAGACUGCAAUGCUGGAGCAGGCCGAAGAGCUGUUUCUGCUGUGUGACAAGGAGGCUAAGGGUUUCAUCACCAGGCACGACCUGCAGGGUCUCCAGAGCGACCUGCCCCUCACACCAGAGCAGCUGGAGGCUGUGUUUGAAAGUCUGGACCAGGCUCACACUGGCUUCCUCACCGCCCGGGAGUUCUGCCUGGGCCUGGGGAUGUUUGUGGGGGUGGAGUCGGCCCAGGGAGCGAACCCCUGCAGGACUCCCGAGGAGACCUUCGAGUCGGGCGGGCUCGACGUGCGGGGCACGGGGGGGUCUCUGGAUGAGGAGGAGGAAGAGGAGGAGCCAUACCACACGGCGCUGGAGCAGCUUGGGGUGGCCCCGGUCCUGGGCGAGCAGCGGGCUGUGAGGACACUCUGGGCCAGGCUGCAGCGCGAGCGCCCCGAGCUGCUGAGAUCUUUCGAGGAUGUUCUGAUACGCGCGUCGGCCUGCCUGGAGGAGGCGGCCCGGGAGCGCGACGGCCUGGAGCAGGCGCUGCGGAGGCGCGAGAGCGAGCACGAGAGGGAGGUGCGCGCUCUGUACGAGGAGACGGAGCAGCUUCGUGAGCAGAGCCGGCGCCCGCCGAGUCAGAACUUCGCCCGCGGGGAGCGGAGAAGCCGCCUGGAGCUGGAGCUGCAGAGCCGCGAGCAGGACCUGGAACGCGCGGGCCUGCGGCAGCGGGAGUUAGAACAGCAGCUGCACGCCCGGGCUGCGGAGCACCUGGAGGCGCAGGCCCAGAACUCCCAGCUGUGGCGGGCGCACGAGGCGCUGCGAACGCAGCUGGAGGGGGCGCAGGAGCAGAUCCGCAGGCUGGAGAGCGAAGCGCGAGGCCGCCAGGAGCAAACCCAACGGUGCCCGGGGAUGGGGCUGGGCGGGCCCCGGUGCGUGUCCCGGGGGCGGGGCCGGCGGGCGCUCAGGUCUGGGCCACUUUCACCCCCAUCUCAAGUCCCAUGCCCGCCCCGUGGGAGGGAGGGUCUUCUAGGGGGUCCUGGGGCUCCCCAGGGAGCCUUCCUGCAGCCAGGUCACCACCUCCCACCCACAGAGACGUGGUCGCCGUCUCCAGGAACAUGCAGAAAGAGAAAGUCAGCCUGCUACGGCAACUGGAGCUGCUCAGGGAGCUGAAUACACGGCUGCGGGAUGACAGGGACGCCUGCGAGGCCAGGCAGGCGGCCAGCAGCUGCAGGAAGGCUCUGACAACAGCCCGCUUGCCUGGGCCCACCUGCUGCUGCUGCUGUUGCUGGGCUCGGC